AUGCCUCGCACAGAGGAUAGCGACCUGCGCACCUUCAAGUCAAGCCUCAAACAAGAGGCCCAGCCCGACUUCACUCUCAGCAUCGGCAACUUCAGCUGGACGGUGCACACGGCAAAACUCCAGAAAUCUACCUUCUUCCAGAAGCUGUGCGACCCGGUAGGAGCGUCGCCGCGAAGCGUGAUUCUCUACGACGACGAACCGAUCUUGAUCGGCAACUUGAUUCUCUGGCUUUACACGGGCCAUUACACCGAUGUCAAUACCGACGGUGAGGACGACGACUCCGCCCUGAGCAAAGGCAUUGACAUCAACGUGAUCAUGCGAAAUGGUAAAACCAACGGCGGCAAUAGCAACCCUGCAGGAUCGCCCGAGCUAGGCUCAGCAGGAGCGACCUCGCCGUUCAAUCUCGAAACAGAGGAGGAGACCUGGCCGACCCCAUCCACCCUGCACGCGAAGAUGUACGUGCUCGCAGAGAAAUACGGUAUCGGCGAACUCGCGGUCCUCACCAUUGACGAGCUCUCCAAUGACCUAAGCUGGAACUCUGAAUCCCUCUUCCUGCCGUCGCUCGAAUAUCUUUUCACAUCUCAAUACUGCAGCUCGAGCGGGGACUCCACCUCCAAAACUUCCUCAGAUGAAGCACCAAACGCGGUCACCCCUCCAGCCAAAGACAGCGAGAUGUUCCAGCUCCUCGUCAGCACCGCCAGUACGCCCCCAGCCAUCCACACGUACCUCGCCAACGCGACAUUCCAGAACGUGUUGCGUGAGAAUCCGACUUUCACGGUUGAAGUGCUGGCUCGCGUCGCCUCUGAGUUGCAGGAGACCAAGACGGAGUUGACCAAGGUGACCGAGUCGAUCGAGACGCCUAAGCCGAAGAAGGGCCGCAAGAAGAGGGUUGCGAGUACUGGCUUGGAGAAGGAAGGCGGUUGA